CUCCCCUUCUCUUCUCUUCCUCUCCUCUUCGCCCACUGCUUUGUUGAUUGGAACAUGGUAUCAGAGCAGGACAAUGCUCUGUAAAUCAUCUCCUGCAAGUCGAAACUCUUUCCUGCUCAUCUGGAAUGAGAAUGGAAGAGACGCACGCGAACUCCAUUUGAAGACUGUUCGUUCUUGCCCUGCCCCUGUUUCUCGGACUGCAACUGAUUCAUACGACACCCAGAGGCCAGUGGAUGACUGAUUGAAUCUCCCCAAGAGGUCGGUGUUCUCUUCCUGUGUUUUUUGUUGUUCCUAGGUUGGAGACUACAGAGACUCUGGACUGAAUACGAACAGAAGCUUAAAUCACCUCCGUUUUUUUUAGUUUUUGGUGUUGAAACCAAGAACUGGUUAAGUUAUUCUGCUUGACCGAAUGGUAUAAAGGGAGUGUAUCCCUUUUUGUGGGUGUGAAGACCCAACAAUCUUCAUGUUUGAGGAACCUUGGUAGGUCAUAAGUGACCUGGUUCGACUGACAGAGGGCAGCAGCCUCUUUAAAUGUUUUAUGUAGUUCGUAUUGCCUGACACCUCUCAGAUCUGUGAAAAUCUGUGACAGCAAGGGCUGUAGUCUGUUUUAGCAGUUUUUUGUAUUUACCUAGUUGGGUAAGGACUGUAAUCAGUUCGUGUCUGCUGCCUUCACUCGGCUCCCAUGAAUUCUGAAGAUUCUGCAACUUCAGAAACUACCUCACAUCAAGGAAGGAUGUCUGGUGGUUAUGAGACCCUGCACUUUCCUAUGACCAUUACCCCCUUGGACGGCAGAAACUACUUAGCUUGGUCCAAGUGAUGCGACUGUACAUCACUGCCAGGGGUAAGGCCGGAUAUAUAACUGAGAAGACAAAGGAACCUAAAGCUGGUACUGCUGAGUAUGAUAAGUGGGACCAGGAAAAUUGCAUGAUAAUGUUUUGGCUCUUGACCCCAAUGCUGCCUUCUGUCAAGCAAAAUUUCAUGUGGGCUGAGACAGCCAAAGAAAUUUGGGAUCAAGUCAAGGCAACAUACUCAAAACAGAGACAGUAUCCACGGAUUUAUCAGCUACAGGCUGAAUCUUCAACAUGCAAGCAAGGUAGAGGAGUUUAUCAGCCUACAACUCUGCUCUCACAUCUGUCUGGAAGGAAUUGGACUACUACCAAACCAUUGAAUGGGAAAGUGAGAAAGAUGACAAGGCCUACAAACAGUUGGUCUCCCAGCAAUGGGUGUUUGCUUUCCUUCUUGGCCUUAACCCCAUGUAUGAGCCUAUCCGGGUACAGAUUUUGGGCAGCAAGGAUCUCCCGUUUGUCCAAGAGGUGCAUGCUUUAGUUCAGUUUGAGGAAAGUAGGAGGUCUGUUAUGAAUCCUCCUGAGGGGGAGACCAUAGCUUUAGCCGUAAGAAGUAACACCAAUUCAGCUAGGAAGGGGGAAAAUCAGAAAAAGGUGGAUGAUAAGGAUAAAUUGUGGUGCACUCACUGCCAAAAGUCUAGACACACCAGUGAGACAUGUUGGGAACUGUAUGGAAAGCCAAAUCUUGCCAACUCGGCAAUAGAACAGAGCAAGAAGCCAACUCAGAACAAGAAAUCAGCAAUAGAACAGAACAAGAAGCCAACUCAGAAGAAGUUCACCUCUGCCAAUCUUGCCUUGCAUGCCUCACAUGAGUCUCCAGAUUGUCCCUCUAGUUCUGAUCCCAAGGAAGAUAUUAUCAGCUCCUUCUAUAACCAUUUGGAGCAGUAUGGUAGGGCUUUCAGACAAACAGAUUCUAGACCUGCACCUUCUACCUCAUUUGCUUCUUCCUCAGGUAACUUAACCUCUGCUUUUCAUGUGACUACUAAUCCCCCGGAGUCUCCGUGGUUUAUUGACUCUAGUGCCUCCAACCAUAUGACUGGAUUUGGCUUCCGGGAGGACGAUUGGUAGAGGGAGCAUGGUCGAUGGCCUCUAUGUGCUAGAGAAUAAAGUUGGUUUUGCAGUUUCAGAGUCUUCGAGUCAGCCUAGUAAUAGUCAAGUUUUUUUGUGGCACCAUCGUUUGAGUCAUUUGUCUUUUAAGUCUUUGAAGUACUUAUUUCCAAAUUUAUUUAAGUUUGUUUCUGUCAAUGAUUUUCAGUGUCAAGUGUGUUGUAGAGAAGAUGGGCCGAAUGGCCCAUAGACUGUCAUUUUAUGUUAUGUUAUGUUUC